AUGACCAGCCUUCCUCAUCAGGAUCAGCAUCGUCAUCACAGCAUGCUCUCCCAGGCCGGUCACCGACUCCUCCGCAAAUGCAGGAGCGAGAAGAAGCUCCGCAUCAGCCCACCCAUGCACGUGCGCAAAGACAGCACUGCUAGCACCUCAUCCUUCAGCUCCGAGGCGUCGACGGCAGCAAGCAUAUCGACACCCACUCACCCUCAUCACUCCCGCUCUCCGAGUCACCAUGAGAGGCAGUCAUCCGACUGGGAUCCUCUCAGAUGCCACCCGCCACUUGACGUCGAUAGGUCCCCCUACAUCCCCACGCCGCGGCAGGCACCGCUGCAGAGGGGAAGUGGCGGCGGCGGCCACGACGAUAACAGCUAUGACGACGACGACGACGAUGACUUUGAGCUCCAGACCCCCGUGGCGGAGCACGACCUCGACGACAUCAUCAACCACUACGGCAUGACGGCGCUCCGCCCCCCGCCGCCCCUCGCCAACCGGCGCCCGCUCUUCCAGCGCAUGAAGACGGCCGAGAUGGACAUUCACGAGGGUUUCGACUUUGGCUUCGCCGCCGCCAACCGUGACGGCCACAGGCACGACCACCUGGCGUCCCGUGCCACGCCUCCCCGACCCCUGACCUCGUCCACCAUGGGGUCAGAGCACUCGGGCACCUCGUGGCUGAACCUUGAUUGCUCCCGGGACAGCGUCCCCAGCCAGCUCCUUCCUUCACCCAGGAGCAGGCGGCCACCCUCCACCCAGCCGGACACUCCAGCUCACCUGAUCAAGAGGGGUGAGUGGAAGAGGAGGGGCAUCGUCUUCGUCUCCGAGACCGACAAGGUCACCGAGGAAGACUGCUUUGAGAUCCCCUAA